ACCGUGCCGGAAGAGAAGAAGGUCCUUUCCCAGCCAUCUUGUGGCUUCAUCUAGCGAAGUGCUCGCACCAAGCCUCGUAGAAUCGGAGGAAAAUCCUGCUGAAGGGGCGCCAUCAUGCCCGGACAAAUGCAAGAAGGUUUUGGCUGUGCCAUAACCAAUCGGUUCGACCAGUUAUUUGACGACGAGUCGGAUCCGUUCGAGCUGCUGAAGCAAGCCGAAGUUAAGAAGAAGAAGGAGGCUGCAGCUCCUGGUGCCGCCAAGACUGCAGCGCAGGCUGCCAAGCAGCCCAAAAAGGAGUCCCAAAAGGACAGAAAGAUCCCGCUGGCUGAUAAGAAGGAGGAAACCCAGGCUCCAGUUCCACUUAAGAAAGAUGGUGCUGGCAUGAGGAGAAUGGGUAGAAAACCAGAAGGCGAAGGCUCCAGACCUCAGGGCGGACAGGGAGACGGACGGCCCCCCGCAGACAGACGGCCUGUGGACCGGCGGCCGCCCCGCCGCUUCGAGCGGCCUGCCGGCGAAGCCGCAGAGAAACCCGAGGGUGGCGAGUUCUCCGUGGAGAAACCCGUUGGUGAUAGGCCAAUGAGGGGUCGUGGCGGCGGCGGCAGGGGAGGUCGCGGCGGAAGAGGCCGCGGCAUGGGCCGCAGCGACGGAUUCGACUCCAGGGGAAAACGGGAAUUUGACAGACACAGUGGCAGCGACCGAUCUAGUCUGAAAGGUGAGGACAAGCGUGGUGGGAGUGGAUCUCACAACUGGGGCACAGUUAAAGAUGAACUGAAUGAGCUGGACCAGUCUAACGUCACCGAGGAGAACCCAGAAGGAGAGGAACAUCCACCCGCCGACUCUGAGAACAAAAGGGAGAAUGAGGUUGAAGAACAGAAGGAAGAAGGUCCUAAGGAGAUGACUCUGGACGAAUGGAAGGCCAUGCAGGACAAAGAGCGGGCCAAGGUCGAGUUCAACAUCCGCAAGGCCAACGAGGGCGCUGACUGGAACAAAGGAUUUGUGCUGCACAAGUCCAAGGCCGAGGACAAGAAAGGUGAUCUGACUGAGCUUGACAUCGAUGAUUCCAAGGGCGACGAGGAGCACCACUUCCGGAAACCAGCCAACGACAUCACGUCCCAGCUGGAGAUAAACUUCGGAGACCUUGGCCGUCCUGGCCGCGGGCGCGGAGGACCCCGCGGUGGCCGGGGAGGCCGCGGGCGUGGGGAACGUGCCGAGCGCGCCGAGACCACCAGGCCGGCACGCGGAGGAAGGACUGACAGGUCAUCUACGUCUGUGCCGAACGUGGACGACCCUGAGGCCUUCCCAGCCCUGGCUUAAGCUCCGGCUGUCAAACCUCCCUCAGGCCUUCAGGAGCCUCCUGAGCACCUCCACUACGAGGCUUGCAUGUUCCUGGAUCCUUCAGCAAAGUCAAAUGAUGGCGAAGACUGUCAUAGCUAUGACACUCUGUGAGGACUGAGUUUUAUUCAAUAAAAACAAAACAAAGGUGGAAAAAAAAACAAAAAGAUAUUAACAAAAAAAAAAACACAUAAAAACAAAAGGACUUCUUGCUACUCUGGAGCAACUUAUUGAUAGAGGUUUUGUACUUUGAAACAAAGUAGCAGGGAUGUUUUCAUACAGUAUUUUUUUCAGAGGUUAUGCAUUGUCCAUUAAUAAAGUUUUGUAAUUGCUGCUUGAAAAUAUGCAUUUUGAAAUGUAAGCAUAAGAAUAUCUUUUGGCGUGGUGAGUGCUGUUGCUUGUUUGCUUUAAAGCGGGCGCCGCCAGAGCUCCAACACGAGCUCCGCCUCACCUUGCUGUUUCAGAAGUUACAGCUCCACUCAUUGAGAUUUAUGGGCUUCCCCCCCCCCUUACUUUAGCAUGGAGAUAUUGUUUUAUAUUUUAUAGAGGAGGUCUAUUCUUAUAUGAUCUUCAGCCUGUAAAUCAACUAUUUUCAUAAAUUCUUUCAGAGACUGUAUUUCACAUGGUGCACAUAAAAAAAAAACAACUGGUAUUUGAAAGAGAUGCUGCCUACAUUGGAAAUGUACGUGGAAAGGCACGCAAUCUGGACUUCUCAUUUUUUUAAUGAAACGUUCUUAAAAGCUCGUCAUUUUUUUUAUUGAACACAUUGGAAACGCGUCCCAAAUUUUAACCCCGGUUCGGUUCAAUCGAGAAACGGGCUGUGUCCGAUUUGCCCGUAUCGGAAGGAUAAUCUUCAGACGUUUCUUCCCCCCACGCUCAUUUCAUCUUAGGUCAUCAUCAGCCACGUGCGAGUCAGUUGUUGCCUUCCUCUUAGUUCUGAGUGACGAGGAGAGGCGUUUCUUUCCUUUUCCUCCCCAUCAGCUGAGAUGUGACCGGAGCCCGCUGGAAAACCUCCGACCCUCUCGUUUACACACUCCACUCGGCGUCCUUCCACAGAUAUAAACUCUGCUCGGCCUCGGGUUUCUUUCCGUCUGUGCUGAAUGUUUUUCCUCUGCUGGUGACUUGUUCUGUAGUUUCCACGAUGGCAUCACUGCAUAAUUGCUCUGAAAGAAAUACAGUUGUCCAUAGUGUGGAAUAACUGAAUUGCUCUACAAAUGUGUGAAUUCUAGCCCUGCUAUUAGACCUCUGUCGGUAAAUAAAGGUGGUCAACAAAAA